AUGCCUCACAGUCAGAAGAGUCAGUGUGACAAAUCUGAAGUAGGCUUUCAGGCUGAAAAAGAGGCUCAGAGCCAGGCAGAUGCACAGGUUCCUGUAGCUGAGGCUGCCGCCUCCUCGCUCUCUGCUUUGAUCCAGGGCACCCCAGAGGUUGUGCCUGCUGCUGGAACACAAAGUGCUCCCCAGAGUUCUCAGGGAGCCUGCUCCUCCUCGACUGCCACUGAAGCCAUUCCAUUGAGCAAAUCAAAUGAGGGCUCCAGUGGCCAAGAAGAGGAUCCAAGCACCUCCCAGGCUUCCGAGUUCUUGUUUGUUGAUAUGCUAAACGAGAAGGUGACUGAAUUGAUGCAGUUCUUGAGUGCCAAGUAUGUAACAAAGGAGCCCAUCACAAAGGCAGAAAUGCUGAGGAAUGUCAUCAAAGAGUACAAGCAUCUCUUCCCUGUGAUCUUCCUCAGAGUCUGUGAGUACAUGGAGAUUGUCUUUGGCUUUGAAGUGAAGGAAGUGGACCCCAUCAGUCACUCCUAUGUGCUUGUGAAGAUGCUAGACCUCACCUACGAUGGGAUGCUGAGUGAUGACCAGGGCAUGCCCAAGACCGGCCUCCUGAUGCUUGUCCUGGGCGUGAUCUUCUUGGAGGGCAACCGUGCUCCCGAGGAGAAAAUCUGGAGAGUGCUGAAUAUGGUCGGGGUGUAUGUUGGGCAGAAGGAUUUCAUCUGUGGGGAGCCCAAGAAGUUCAUCACCAAAGAGUUGGUAGAGGAAAAGUACCUGGAGUACCAGCAGGUGCCCAACAGUGAUCCUCAACACUAUGAGUUCCUGUGGGGUCCCAGGGCCUAUGCUGAAACCAGCAAGAUGAAAGUUCUAGAGUUUUUUGCCAAGGUUUCUGGGGCUAGCCCCACUGCCUUCUCAUGCUGUUAUGCAGAAGCUUUGAGAGAUGACAAAGAGAGAGCCCAGGCCAGAGCUGCUGGCGAGGAUGAUGAUUCUGCCAUGGCCAGUGGAAGCUCCAGUGUCAUGUCCAGCAGCUUCUCCUGCUCUGAGUGA